AUUACAGUUUUUAAUUACAUUUGUCGUGGACCAUGCUUAUCUCAAUUGUAGUUAUUGUUCUUGUUUAUAAUAUUGAAGAAACAAAUGGAAAACAAGUAGUUCACUGCGGAGACGUAGGAUUUUUACAAUACGGAGACAUUAUAGCUUCGAGAGAACCUCCCUACACAGUGGGCACCGUUUUAGAGUUUGCUUGUGAUAGGGGUUUCAAAGGAAAAGGCAAAAGACGCAUUUCGUGUUUGAAGAGUGGCUAUUGGUCGGAUCCCGUACCGUAUUGCGCACCUAAUUCAUGCCAAAGAGAUUUGACGAGGGUGGAUGAACGAAGAAAAUGUCGCAAGACUUGUAUAACUAACCAAAAUUGUAGAGGAGGUUUUAAGCAAUGCUUGUGCGAUGAUUGGUGCGGAAAAACAUGUUUUAAUCCAGAUGCGGAUUGCGCUGUACCAAAAAUUCCAGAAAAUGGAUACAUUAUCAAAAAUAAAAUAUCAUAUGGAAACACAAUAACGUAUGGAUGCAAUGAAGGAUUUACUCUUGCUGGUCCAAUAACAAGAAGAUGCCAAUCUGACAGGAGAUGGUCAGGAAACGAACCAAAAUGUGCUGCUUUUAGUUCAUGUGGACAUUCCACCUUCGAAACCCAUUCUAAAAUUUUUGGGAAAGUGCACCUCGGAACAGAUGCUGAGAAUGGGGAAUGGCCGUGGCAAGUUUUAUUGUUCCACAAGAAUAAAAAUCUUGUUAGAAAGUUUUAUGACAAAACGUCUGGAUUUGGUGGUGGAUCAAUCAUCAAUGGCCAAUGGAUUUUAUCAGCUGCUCAUGUGUUUGACCCUCUUCCGUAUCGAAAUCCCGAAAAAUAUUUUUUAAUUGCUGCCGGAAUGACCAAAUACCCCACCGAGGACCAAGACAUUCCAGAUCAAAUCAAUUUUUAUGAAGCCGAAAAAAUACGAAAACACCAAGAUUAUGAUUCAUCAACUUUUGACUACGAUAUUGCAAUGAUUAGAGUUGGAAAAAGACUUAAGCGAGAAGGAAAUAUUUUUGUACACGAUAUAGAUGAAAUAGACGGUUCAAUCACUUUCUCACAGUAUAUUCGUCCGGUAUGUCUUCCGUGCAUGAAAGGCGAUAUGUUGCAAAAUGUUGAUAUUUGGAAAAAUUUCGAUAAAAGGCUUUGUAAUUUUAAAAGUAGAUCGUCAAUGCCGUAUGGUUUUAGCGCAGGUGAAAAAGCAAUCGUUACAGGGUUUGGAGAGAAAAGGGAUUCUGAUGCUGAACACCACUACCGGCCGAGUUCAUUGCAAAGAGGCGAAUUGGAAAUUCUGGGUGACAACAAAUGUGUCGAUGCGAUAAGAAAAAUCCAGGGAGAGGAUAGUGACGCUCGAUAUACAAACAGGAUGAUUUGUGCUGUAAGUGCAAAUAAAACGCUAAACGUUGAUGCGUGCAAAGGAGACAGUGGGGGACCACUUGUUAAACAGUUGGGGAAAUCAUCGGACUACACACAGUGGUUGCAAAUUGGUGUCGUUAGUUGGGGAUGGAAAUGUGGAAAUGAAUAUCCUGGAUUCUACACAUCUGUUCCAAAAUUAAUGCCUUGGAUUUGGAAGACUUUAGACGAUUCUAAAAAUAAGAUAGUUUUAGAUUACUGUUUGUCAAGUCCAUGCAAAAAUAACGGUGAUUGUCAAAAUAAAAAAGACGGAUUCUCUUGCUCUUGCGUUUCUGGAUACCGUGGAAAUCGCUGUGAAAUUAAGAUAAAUGACUGUAUUCCGAACCCAUGUUUUAAUGAAGGAACUUGUCAUGAUAAAGUGAAUGAUUUUUCGUGUUCUUGUGUUGACGGAUACAAAGGGAAACUAUGUGAAAUUGACAUAGAUGAUUGUUCACCAAAUCCUUGCAUGAACGGUGGAUCAUGCAAAGACAAAAUCAACAAUUUCCUAUGUACUUGUCCUGAAGGAUACAGCGGAAAGAAAUGUCUAACUGACAUCAACGACUGCCUUCCAAAUCCUUGUCAAAAUGAGGGGAAAUGCGUCGAUAGAGUAAAUGACUAUUUGUGUUCAUGUGUUGAUGGAUUCAAAGGAAAAAGAUGCGAAAUAGAAAUAAACAACUGCAGACCUAAUCCAUGUGGGAAUAGAGGUGUGUGUGCGACAAAACCAGGAGGGUAUUCGUGUUACUGCGUUAUCGGCUUUCGAGGAACGAGAUGCGAGUCAAACAUCAACGACUGCCUUCCAAAUCCUUGUCAAAAUAAGGGGAAAUGCGUCGAUAGAGUAAAUGACUUUUCGUGUUCGUGUGUUGAUGGAUUCAAGGGUAAAAGAUGCGAAAUAGAAAUAAACAACUGCAGACCUAAUCCAUGUGGGAAUGAGGGUGUUUGUACAACAAAACCAGGAGGGUAUUCGUGUUUCUGCCCCAAUGGGUUUGAAGGAACGAGGUGCGAGUCAAACAUCAAUGAUUGUUCACCAAAUCCUUGCAUGAACGGUGGAUUGUGCAAAGACAAAAUCAACGAUUUCCUAUGUACUUGUGCUGACGGAUACAGAGGAAAGAAGUGCCAAACUGAUAUCAACGACUGCCUUCCAAAUCCGUGUCUAAAUGGUGGGAAUUGCGUCGAUAGAGUAAAUGACUUUUCUUGUUCAUGUGUUGGUGGAUUCAAAGGGAAAAGAUGCGAAAUAGAAAUAAACAACUGCGAUCCUAAUCCAUGUAGGAACGGAGGUCUGUGUACAACAAAACCAGGAGGGUAUUUGUGUUUCUGCCCUAACGGUUUUCGAGGAACGCGAUGCGAGUCAAACAUCAACGAUUGCCUUCCCAAUCCGUGUCACCAUGGGGGGAAAUGUCACGAUAAAGUAAAUGACUUUUUUUGCUCAUGUUUAGAAGGAUAUAAAGGAAAAAAAUGUGAAACAAGUACAAAUUAUUGUCAGAGCUCACCCUGUAAAAACGAAGGAAGAUGUCGAAACUUACCUAGAGGUUUCGAAUGUUUCUGCCGUGCUGGUUUCAGCGGAAAUACUUGCGAAAUAGGCAGAUAUUGCAGCCAAAAUCCUUGCUUUAAUGGCGGAAAAUGCUACGAAGCUGUUGAUGGCUUUACUUGCAAAUGUCCUUCUGACUUCAUGGGUAGAAAAUGUGAAGUGGACGCAGAAUGUCCACCAUUAGAAAAUCCAAAAAAUGGAUACGUCGUUGUGGGAAAAGUUACUUACGGAAGCGUUGUAAAAUACGUUUGCAAUGAUGGAUAUACUCUGGUUGGUCUGGAUGAAAGAGUUUGUACUUCAAGCAGAAAAUGGUCUGGACUUGAACCAACGUGUGUCGGUACAAAUUAUUGUCAGAGCUCACCCUGUAAAAACGAAGGAAAAUGUCGAAACUUACCUAGAGGUUUCGAAUGUUUCUGCCGUGCUGGCUUCAGCGGAAAUACUUGCGAAAUAGGCAGAUAUUGCAGCCAAAAUCCUUGCUUUAAUGGCGGAAAAUGCUACGAAGCUGUUGAUGGCUUUACUUGCAAAUGUCCUUCUGACUUCAUGGGUAGAAAAUGUGAAGUGGACGCAGAAUGUCCACCAUUAGAAAAUCCAAAAAAUGGAUACGUCGUUGUGGGAAAAGUUACCUACGGAAGCGUUGUAAAAUACGUUUGCAAUGAUGGAUAUACUCUGGUUGGUCUGGAUGAAAGAGUUUGUACUUCAAGCAGAAAAUGGUCUGGACUUGAACCAACGUGUGUCGAUUUUUCCGAAUGUGGUGUAACUGGGCCCCUAGAUCCAAACCUUCACAACCAAUUGGCAACCAGACGAGUGAAGAGAGUGGUAGGCGGCGAUGAUGCACCGGACAAUGCUUGGCCUUGGCAUGCAUCGAUUUUAGUCGCAGCAGUAGAGUCAGGAAAUAUCAAUGUCUCUGAUACUCUAAAGCGAUGGGAACUGACAAUAGCUGGAACAAUAAUAAACAAACAGUGGAUAUUAACUGUGACACAUCCAACUGAACACAUGCCCCUGGAAAAUUUUUACCGUCAUCAGGUCAUUGUAGUUGGAGUUUCUAGUCGUUCAUUUGUGAAAAACACAAUAAAGACCACUGUACAAAUGUUCAGAAUUUCGAAAUAUAUUCUGCACGAAGAGUUCAACAAGCUUACAUUCCAAAAUGACAUUGCUCUGAUAAAACUGGGCGAAAGAUUAUUCCCAAGAUCUACUGUUCCUUUCGUCAAUAUAAAGGAGAUAACGUUUAAUGCUGCUGUGCGACCGGUUUGCCUUCCCUGUACACAGAAGUGUGUGACAAGUAGUCACAUCGGUCACAAUUUUAAGAGUGGAUGGGACAUGGAAAAAAAAUGUGAAGCAGAAGGUGAGUUCCUCGUUAAGCCAGGGAUCAAAAUUGUUUUGACCGGGUUUGGAACAAAUGAAACUGAUUACAAUAUUCAUACCUUCCCAGAUCGUCUUCAACAGGUUGUUUUGGAAGUGGGUGAUAAAAACAGUUGCCAAAGAGGAAUAGACGACAUCAGUUUCAUUCGUAGAGUUGAUUCAUUCGAUGUGUUUAAUUCAACUUUCUGUACCGUUUCAUCAAUACCUCAUAAAGUAAUGGCAGGGUGUAUAGGAGACGGUGGGGCUCCUGUCGUGAGGAAGAUAACUCAACGAGAUGGCAGCGUUUGCUGGGUUCAAGUUGGCAUCAGCAGUUUUGGAGCUCAAUGUGAUGGGAAAAUACCAGAAUUCUACACAAAAGUUGCGAAUCAUAUAAACUGGGUACAAGAAACAAUGCUGAAAAAUUAACCCAGAAAUCCUCCAAACAAUCGUUCCAUAUUUUUGUAUCACAGAAUUGUGUAUAUGAGAUGAAGAGUGAACAUUAUCAAGAAUUCAGUAUCUCAUUUCAUACGAUACGAUUAUUUCAUGUCUAUUAUUCUUCCAAAAAUCCCCGUUAAAUGUAUAUUAUGUAGAAGGUAACUUGUUCGAAGAAACCAUAUUACAGCAAGUUAAAAUGUAAUCCACAAGUUGAUGAAAAAAAUGAAAGCAAAGCGAAGCUGCAUUCUUCAGUUAAUGUGAUAGUAAUUGUUAAGGGUUUUUAAUAAAUAUAUUUUGAGUUUGGA